AUGUCGAAGCCGCCCUCCAGAGUGGUCUUCGUGGGAAAUAUCCCCUACGGCCUUUCCGAAGAGCAAAUUAGCGACAUCUUCAGCAGCGCCGGCAAAGUCCUUAACUUCCGCCUCGUUUAUGACCGCGAGACCGGCCGACCUAAGGGCUUUGGUUUCGCAGAAUACCCCGACAAUGACUCCGCUGCGUCGGCCGUCCGUAACUUGAACGACUACGAGAUCAUGGGCAGGAAAUUGCGAGUCGAUUUCUCUAACGAAGGAGGAAGCGACGAGAACGAUGGACAUAGUGGUCAUACUGGCGGCAAUGUCUCCCAUCCUUCCAACGGAUACAACCCAACUCCCAUCCCCGCGUCGUCGGGCACCCUCCCUCCUCUGCCCGCCGGCAAAGAGCUUCCGCCCAACGUCACAGCCACCGACGCCAUUUCUCGUACUCUCAACACCCUGCCUCCUUCCCAACUCUUGGAUAUCCUCACUCAGAUGAAGGCCCUGGCCUCCAGCGACCCAGCCCGCGCGACGGAGCUGCUUCAACAGGCACCUCAACUAGCAUACGCCGUCUUCCAAGCCCUCCUUCUCAUGGGCCUUGUCUCCCCGGAGGCCAUUCACUCCGUUCUUGAGGCCGGUGGUGCUCCCGCUCCGACACCAGCCCAAGCCGCCCCGCCGAUCGGCUUCCCUCCCCAGCCUGCUCCCGGCUUUCCUCCUGUGCCGGUGCCGGGUGCUGACAACACUCCUCCGGUAGCUGGCACGCCGUACGCGCCGCCCCCGCAGCAGGCCGCCUAUGGAGCGCCGCCUCCCGCUGCCGCCGCGGCGCCGAUGGGACAAGACCCGGAAGCGCUCAUGCGCCAGGUUUUGGAGCUGCCGAUGGAGACGAUCAACAUGCUUCCCGAGGCCGAGAGGCAGCAGAUCUUGGCGUUGCGGGCACAGUUCGGUGCCCAGAGACGAUGA